UGUCCCAGGUAUUCCAGGAUUAAGACUUCAAGAAAAGGGCGGGUUCUCCAGGGCUUAAGCGCAACGGUCAGGAAAUGACCCCUCGAUAAGAUCCAAAUUUUUAACCGCAGAAGUCCAACGGUCGACGUAUGUCCCGAAGCCUCCAACUCCUGGCCGCUGCGUCCUUCCCGCCAUCUCUUCUCCUGCGGACGAACUGCCGCUCCCUCCCAUUCAACGACUUUUUAAACUCCUGUUCCUCUCUUUCCGCCCUGCAAUGUCUCCACGCCCACAUCCUAACCCAAGGCCUCUCUCACCACCUCGCCUUAGCCACCAAGCUCAUUUCCCUUGCGGCUGCUCUAUCUCCGACCAUGGACUAUGCCCGCAAGCUGUUCGACGCUGCGCCUCACCGAGACUCCUUCAUGUGGAACACCCUCCUCCGUGGCUACGCCGACUCGGGCCCCUGCGAAGAGGUUCCCGUCCUCUACAGGCGCAUGCAUCGACUGGGACUCUCUCCGGACAACUUCACUUUUCCAUUUGUUGUUCGCUCGUGUGCUGUCCUUUCUGCUCUUCGGGAAGGAAAGGAGGUCCAUUGCAACGUGAUCAAAACUGGGUUUGACUCGAAUGUCUUUCUACAGAGUGCACUAGUCACUAUGUACUCACAGAACGGUGAGAUUUCUGAUUCGGAGUUGGUUUUCGGUGACAUGACCUUUAGGAACAUAGUCUCUUGGACUGCAAUGAUCGCAGGGUAUGCCCAAAAUUGCCUUUUUGGGAAGGCAGUGCGUGUUUUUCAGUGGAUGGUUGCUUCUGGGAUGCAGCCUAAUGAUGUCACUCUUGUCAGCGUCCUCCCUGCCUUGAAAGGGUUGGAAUGUUUGCAUUCAGGGGAAUCGAUUCAUGGGCACAUAAUUAAACGUGGAUUGGAUUCUCAUGUUUCAUUGAUGAAUGCUCUAAUUGCAAUGUAUGGGAAGUGUGGGAGCAUAGAUGUUGCAAGAUUUCUGUUUAACAGAAUGCCUGUCCAGAGUCUAGUCUCAUGGAACGCCAUGAUUGCAGCUUAUGAGCAAAGUGGUGAUGGAAUAAGGGCAAUCAAACUCUUCCGUGGAAUGCUGACAGAGAAGGUGCCAUUCAACAGUGUAACAUUGGUCAGUGUUAUAUCAGCUUGUUCUAGUUCAGGAGCUCUCGAAACUGGGAAGUGGGUACAUAAGCUCGCAAAAAGCAGAGGACUAGAAAGUGAUGUGAGAGUUGGCAAUGCAUUAUUGAACAUGUAUGCGAAGUGCGGUGGUGUAGAUCCUGCUAGAGAAAUCUUCGAGGAGCUGCCAUGGAGGGGUGUGGUCUCUUGGAGUGCCAUGAUCGGGGCUUAUGCAACUCAUGGGCAUGCAGAGAUGGCACUCGAGCUUUUCUCUGAGAUGCAAGCCGAAGGCGUGAGACCAAACACUUUCACUUUCACUUCAGUGCUUGCGGCUUGCAGCCACUCGGGUCUUGUAGAUGAAGGGAUGAAGCAUUUUGAAAGCAUGGAGAAAGACUAUGCAAUUACCCCCACUGUCGAGCACUGUGCAUGCAUGGUGGAUCUCCUGGGUCGUGCUGGUAGAUUGGUUGAUGCAUAUGAGUUUAUAAAAAGAAUGGGUGUGGAACCUGAUGCAGGUGUGUGGGGAGCUCUUCUUGGUGCUUGCAGGAUUCAUGGGAACCUUGAGUUGGCUGAGUUUGUGGCCGAGGAUCUGUUCCGGUUGGGCUCUCACGAUGUAACAUUCUAUGUGCUAAUGUCAAACAUGUAUGCAGAAGCUGGUAGGUGGGAAGAUGCAGCGAGGUGGAGGAACAUGAUGAGGGAGCUGGAGUUGAAGAAGAUUCCUGGAUGCAGUUUGGUGAAUACACAGAAGUGGUCCCAUGAUAUGCCUUUCAUGAUAGAGAAGCUUACAUGUUCCAUUUGUUUUUCUAAUUUAAUUGGCAGUCAUUUCUGAGGAAAUUACACAACCAUAAUUUUCAGGAGAUUAAUUAUGUUGAUAUAGGGGCUUUGAUCAAAGGCAGUUUAGACUUAUGAUUGUGGGGUGUGUGUGGAGGGUGGUGGUAAUCGAGGGAACUACUGAUUUUCCUCUGUAUCUGAUGAUAAAUGGGAAGAUUGAUCUUUAACAUUUGUACAACU